AUGCAGGAUCAUCACUGCAACACGAAACCGGACACCACACUCGAACAGGCCCGGACCCAUCAGCUUGAGUCGAUCUUCGAAGGCGUUACGGUCUGUUAUUCACAUCCAAUAAGGAUGAAGGAGUACCUAGAGCAAGUUCACCACGACCAUGACAUGCGCUGCACUGAUUCGCCACCUGUCCGCACAACUUACCGACUGCCCUUGUCGUACGCCAUUGUGCGGCACAUGGCUGUUCGCAUAAACCGCGAACAGGGGCUCAUCGAAAACUUUAGGGCAUCCAAGUCGUGGAUAGCGAAAUUUGUCCGGGAGUGCGGUCUGCGGUCUAGAAGAGUGACGCGCUUUGUGACAACGAAAAGCCUCCGUUCUAGACAAGAAGUGGAGCAGGAGGCAAAUGACUUUGUUAGGCGUGUAAGAGAGGAGAUGAAGAAGUACCCCCUCUCUGUAUUCGCAAACGCAGACCAGACGGGAAUAAACAAAGAAGUGGCGUCGGGA